AUGCCAACCAUCGACUCCCUGUCGGACGGCAAUCAACAGCUAUCCCCUCUCGCCCUUCAACGAUUCCCUGCACCAGCCCUCAAAAUGAUCAUCGACUGUCUCUCAGUGUCCGACAGACCAGAUCUACUCCGACUCAUGUACUGCUCAAAGGACACAUACCGAAGAUUUUAUCCCUUCCUCUACGAAACUUUUACUGUCAGACAGCAACAUGUCCAUCACGUCCUUUCCAGCGUCAGACGCGCUCAACCAUGCUUUGAAGAAGAUGACAAACUCAAGGUUAUAGAUAAUGAAAAGCCACUCUCAACGAUACCUUCUCCAAUCGAAAUGCUUCGCUCAACCAAACAUCUUAUAUUGGAAGAUCUCGAUAGCGCCCUAUCAAUUGCUGGACUCUCGGGUCUGACUGGUAAUCGACCAGCUGACUUACUUCCUAUCGAUCAGGCCGCCUCGUCCUUCGACAGAGUGGAGACAUUGUCCUUUGGCUUCAGACUAAUACUAAACCUCGAUAUGGAAUCAAGUAGCGUGGCCGCCCUCGAGCUGCAAGAUCAAUUGCUAUCUUUCACCUCAUUUCUCCGCCCUCGACACAUCUGCGUCCAUCUGCCCAAAGGUGGCAACGACGAUGUCGACUAUGUGUGGGCUGUAUCGAGAUUCUUCAACAAGCUGCAUGCAGGUACGAAGGACGGUUGGACUAUUGAAAGCACCACGAUUCAUGGAGUAGGUCGACGAGGCUCCCCAGCUAUGUUGCAUUGGCGGAAGUACACUAAGAUCAUAUUCGAAGACUGUCCAGCAAGAUUGAGAAAGAAGGAAAACAGCGCCAAGCUUCAUCAUAUGAUAGAUUGUAUAUGCCUGCCAAACUUCUACUGGACUAUCGGAACGCUUUGCUCGGCAUUCCCGCCUCCUGAUAUCGCAAAGACUCUUCAACCUUAUCAUCUGGAGUUGGUUAACCUACCAUGUUCCUCUGCAGCCUAUCUCAAGCUUGAGAACAUCGUUAAAGUAUUGAUCGGGCCAGGAAUCGAAGUGUAUGAUGAAUCAACAAUCGGUCAUUGGGAUAAAGCACUAGGAUGGAUGAAGACUAAUUUGACCAUUACGUCAAAAGAGGACGCGCAGCCUUGUGUAUGUUGUGGCAAGCUCUAA